AUGUUCGACGUCAUCUGGGUCGAUCCCGACCGCGAGCUCGUCGGCGAGCAUCGUGCCAAAAAGGAAAUAAAGCGCGAACUGAAAAACAAGGAGAGGGAAAAGGAACAGGAGAACUCAAUUCUCAGCCGCUCAAUCUCCGUCACAAGCACUCGAUCCUCUACGGAAUCUCGCUUCGGCUUUCUUCGACCUCGAAAUGGCAAAAAUGCAAAGGGCAAAGAAAAGACUCCAUCGGGUCUUUUGACUCCAAGUCACCACUCCUCACGCUCAAACUCGGGGAGCUACCAUCGCUCGGCACUUAUGGCAAACUUGUCGAAUGUUUCCCUCGGAGCAGAGCGAGCACACAGAGCGAACACUCCUGUUUCCACUGAUGCGCCGUACUCACACGUUGUUAAGCGCAACGAAGUCUCGCAGCCUCGACCAUCCGACUUGGAGAACUCAGACCUGUGUUCAGAGGUGUACGGCUGCUCUGAGUUAGAAGGCGAUCACCCUCCUACGCCGACUGGUUCCAUGGGAGAUAGAAACUUCCCUGUUCCAAUACUCCAGCCAGAAUCACCCAACAGUCUCGUACCAAGUCUCAAUCUCUCCAAAGAACCGAAAGCUCCCAUCGUGAUCAACUUCCGACCCAACGAUCCCGACUCAUGGCGUCCCCCCGAAGAAUGGGCAUACAUCGACCGAAAAGCAGAAGAGGCGCGAAUGCUUGAGAAUCAGGAAGAUGUCGAGAUGACCGUUGAUACAGAAGAGACGGUUCGAGUGAACCCGUGCACAGACUUUGAGAGCGUAAAGGAUCAAGUCAAGGUUAUGGCGGCUUCGAGCCCCAGCAUGAUUCUUGCACGUAUCAAGGAGAUCUGGACCGUUACCGACGAGAAGCUCCAUGGAGAGUUGAACAUUGAGCUGAAGCGAUGGAUGCUUUCUGUCCUGCACUAUCUGGAUAUUGAGGCGAGGGAUAGUGCUGGUGUUGCUUGCGUAGUCACGAAUACGUCUGACAAUCUUGGGGUACUGGCUCUCUACGAGUCUGAGAUCACGGCCACAUAUAUUGCAGCUCUUCACUCAACCAGGGAAGUAUACACUUUGACAACAGCGGCCUUCCAAAAUAAAGAGCUUCCGGACAUUCACCCGGUAUUGGUCCCGUCCAUGACUCCCUCUACACUCCCGAUUGACCAGCACUCAUUCACCGUCGUAUACUCGCUCUCUUUACCCACUGUGUGCUCUUCGCCCGAGAUACCAGGGGUCCUCAAGAACAUCAGCAACCGCCUUCGAGUCGGCGGUUCCCUGCAACUCACUCUCAUCGACCCGUUACCCUGCGCAAGUACACUCGGACAUCGCAUGCGAGCAUGGCUUCAAGAGCAUUUACUGAUCAACCUCGAGCGACAUUUCAAGUGCACGAACCCAAGCAGACUGUUCCCAGAAUGGAUGGGUGAUGCUGGGCUGCGCGGUCAAGGAAGCACUCUCACAACCUCAAAGUUCUACGCUGUAUCAGCCAGUAUUCGGAGCCAAGCCGACGACAGCGACCCUUUCAUAGACAGAAUCCCUUCUGAGAGAGAAGUGAAAGCAGAAGUCCGUAGCAUAAUCGGUCGUCUGCUUUGGAUGGAAGUCUGGGGUAGUUUCGUCACUGGCGAUAAAUGGUGGUGGGAAGACGAAGGCUGCGUCAACGAAUGUCUCCAGCUGGGCACAGUUUGGGAAUACCACAUGAUAGAUGGCGUGAAGCAAGGUCAAGAGGAUAUUCCAGAAGAGGUAGAAGACCUCGAGAACUUGGAGCACUAG